UAUUGCCAGAACGCCCGAGACUGAGAGGUUGUCAUAUUGAGAGCCCACGCUCAGAUCCAAAGAAAACCUUCCUUGAGAGAACGAGAGGAUUUGAUAUCUGCGGUGUCUAAAGAUCCUACAAUGGAGAGAGGGACGGAUUCACAGGCGUCCUCCGGAUCUUCGUACGAGGUUUUUCUAAGUUUUCGAGGACCCGACACCCGUCAUGGAUUCACCGAUUGUCUUUACCACGGUAUGGUUGCCGCCGGGAUUCUCAUCUUUAGGGAUGAUGAAUCCCUCCGUGUCGGUGAAAGAAUUGGUGGUGAACUUCUACGAGCAAUUGAGAAUUCCAAGAUCUACAUUCCCAUAUUCUCCACAAAUUACGCUUCGAGCCACUGGUGCCUCCGAGAGCUUGCGUACAUGGUCGAGUGCGCCUCGAAAUCGAAUGGGAACAAAGAGAUUCUGCCGAUUUUCUUCGACGUGGAACCUGUUGAUGUCAAGCUCAAGACAAACUUAUACAGACAGAAUCUUUCACAGAUCCAGAAGACGUUUCGCACUGAAGUAAAGUCAUGGGAAAAGUGUCUCAUCGAUGUGGGCAAGAUAAGGGGAUGGAACUUGAAGAAAGAUGAAGGCCAAGGAAAUCUGAUCCAAUCGGUAAUUCAAGCUAUCUUGGCAAAGCUGAAUGUCAGUUAUAAAAAUGUGACUGAACAUCUAGUUGGAGUUGAUGAUCGUGUGGAUGCUAUAAUCAAGAUGUUGGAUGUGAAGUCAGAGAGUGUGCAAUUCCUCGCAAUCCACGGAAUGGGCGGUGUUGGCAAAACAACACUAGCCAAAGUUGUCUUCAACCGACUGUCUUCUCGGUUCCAAGGCUCAAAUUUCCUUUCGGAUGUUCGAGAGUCAUCGAAACGACAUGGCCUGGUAUAUUUGCAAAAACAACUGCUAUCCAAGUUCCUUGAUGCUCGUUCUGUCAACCAAAUUCAUGACGCGGAUGGUGGGAUCAACAUGAUUAAAAGGGUGCUUUGUAGUAAAAAAGUCCUCAUUGUUCUUGACGACAUGGAUGAAGAAAAGCAACUGAAAAGUUUGGCAGCAAAAGGAAAUUGGUUUGGUUCUGGUAGUAGGAUUAUCGUUACUACUAGAUACAAAAGUGUCCUAAUGACUGAUGGAGAAUCCACAAGUGAAGGCCUUGUAAAGUCUGCAAAUAUUUCAACUUAUGAAGUGCGGGAAAUGAAAUUUCAUCAUGCACUUAAGCUUUUCGAUAGGCAUGCCUUCGGGAGAGAUUUUCCACCCGAUCAUUAUGUCUCCCUUUCGGAAAAAGUUGUCUCCACUUUGGGAAAGCUUCCCUUAGCUCUUGAAGUGACAGGUUCAUCCCUUUCAAAUAAAUCUAAAGAAUUUUGGGUAGACACUUUGAAGAAGCUAGAAAAAGCUCCUUCCAAAGAAGUGCAAAAAACAUUGAUGAUAACUUAUGAAAGGUUAGAUGAUGCACAGAGGCAAGUAUUUCUAGACAUAGCUUGUUUUUUUGUUAAUGAGGAUAAAACCUACCCUUUCUACAUGUGGGAUGAUUGUGAAUGCUUUCCAAACAAUACCAUUGAAGUCCUCUAUCUGUUGUCCUUGAUAAAAAUCAAAGAUGACAAUACUUUUUGGAUGCAUGACCAAGUCCGGGACUUCGGAAGGGCAAUUGUCCAUGAAGAAAAUUUCAAAGAUCCCUGCGAGCGUAGUAGAGUGUGGAAUCAUCGGGAAGCCCCGAGCAUUCUAAAGCAAAAAGAGGGAAGUAGGAAAAUAGAAGCACUGUCACUAGGAAAUCGUGGGGACAUUAUUACGAAUGAUGAAGUUGCUAAUUUACGAAACCUGAGGUUCUUGGAAGGGAAUGGGGUGUUCCUUGUCGGAGACUUCACUAAUCUUCUCCCUAAUUUAAGAUGGUUUUCUUGGCGAUGGUGUCCGCACGAGUUUGUGGCUACAAACUUUCAUCCGACUAAUUUAGUUGUUCUUGACCUUUCACACAGCUCUGUUUCAGAGAAAUGGAUUGGCUGGAACCAAAUCAAUGUGGCAAGUAAACUAAAAGUACUAGAUCUUAGCAAUUGCGAGAACUUAAUGAGAACACCUGAUUUAUCUACGUUGGUGUCCUUGGAGAGAUUGAUUCUUGAAGACUGUCGCAACCUAAUUGAAAUUGUCCCAUCCAUUGGUAAAUUAAAGCUCCUAACGAUUUUGAACUUGAAGGGAUGUGAUUCUCUUCAAGUGUUGCCUGAAGAAAUAGGAUGUCUACAGGCGUUGACAGAGAUUGUCAUGCCUAAGACGCUAAAUGAACUUCCGAGGACGUUCGGUAAUUUGCGGUCAUUGUUGAUCCUUGAUGUAUCACAUAGUCGGAUUAGCAAACUGCCUUACUCGAUUGGAGGGCUAGUGAAACUUAGGCAGUUGAAUUUAUCCGGGUGUACGAAGAUAGAGAAACUCCCGGACUCGUUUGAGAAGUUACAAUUCUUGGUGGAGUUGGAUUUGUCAUCGACAAGUUUGGGUCACUUACCUAAUUCAAUCGGCAAUCUAAAGCAAUUGAAAAUACUUAGGAUGACCCACAUAAGUCGGAUAACAAAAUUACCAAGUGCGAUUGGGCUGGUGGAGAAGCUUGAAGAGUUAGAUGCUAGUAGAUGUUACAACUUGACUGAAGUCUCUAAAGAAAUUGGGAGAUUGUCUUAUUUGAGAAUCCUAGAUUUGUCAUACACACUUAUAUCUAGCUUGCCCACCACAUUGAGCUACCUCUCUAAUCUGCAAAUACUUAAGUUGGAAUCAUGUCUUGAGCUUAAACGGUUGUGGGGGCUUCCCUCGAGUUUGACUUGUCUAAAAUGGACUUCUGAUGAAGAUGUGCGAUAUGAGUGGGAAAAUAUCACUGCUUUGCCCACAUUGUAUUCUCAGUUGGGUAUUCCCAGUCUCCCAUUAGAGCUGCCAAAAGAAGUAAAGUUGCGCAGCACCAUUCAUAUUCCUUCCCUCCCGUCUAGUUUAAGAGAGUUGGAACUUGGAAAUCUGGAGAUUGACUCGUCCAAGUUUUCCAAUUUGAAGAACUUGUCGACCUUGCGAUUAAAUAGUUGUUUGAUAUGGGAAUACACUAGGGCGUUUUUUUACAAUUGGCAGAGGGAAAUUACUGAUAUGACGAACGGCAGAUCGUUUGAGUUGGGAAUGGAAUAUUCGAGACAUUCAAAUUUGCGUAGGCGUGAGUUCCUCGCAAAUGCACUUGAUCUGUCGCCCAUGAAGAGUCUCCAAGAGGUACAUUUGCUGGGGUUCAUGCAUGUAGUUGAGCUUUGCGGCCUUGCAGAAUUGGGAUCCCUUUGCUUCUUAUCGGUCGUGGAUUGCAAUUCCAUGGAAAGGAUGUCAGGCCUAUCGAAAUUGAGACAGCUGAGGAAGCUCAGAGUAGGAGAAUGUCCAAAGCUAAGAAGGCUGGAGGGUCUGAACCACUUGGAAUCUUUACAGAAGUUGUGGAUUCACAAUUGCAGAUCGUUGGAGAGUUUGGCCGACACCUCAGAUUUGCAUUUAGAAUGUUCCACAAUUGAACGUUGCGGGCGGUUGCCCAACCGUAAAAGUUAUUGUAGAUGUCAUGAUAACACAGAUUCGGUGGUUAAUAAACACGACCACGCUGGGUAUUUUUGA